AUGGGAAGGUUUCAGAAAAUUUGCGCUACUGGAAUAAGUGCCUCGUUGUGCUAUCAGUGUGAUAAGUUGAGUCGUGUCGUUUAUCAUUGCGAGCCAUGGGAUGACAGUUGGCUGUUCUUUGGAGUGAAGCUAGUUGAUGAGUCUUUAGCAGGCUCCAUGAAACAAAGCAUAUUACAGUGCGGUUGCGUGUCAAUUCUUCAUAAGGGCAGUUGGGUCCAUAAGCAUUUCUUGGUCCACAAGCAAACGGAACAGGAGCGAGAGCUGGUGUUGCAUUUCGGAAGCGACCUACUAUUACUUCUGUACAACUCGUUGCAUGGUUUAGAAUUUUUGAACGCGUAUCAGUGGGACGGUUCCUGUUGGAAACAUCUAAGCAUCAGGAUGGUGCAAGGUCCUGAUACAAAGAAUAAACGAGAAAGGUCGGUAGUUGCUGCUUCGUGCCAAGAUGGGGCUAUCUUAUUUUCGUGCAACGGUGAAAACGGCGCAAUCGACUUGUUCACUUUGGAGCUGCAUGGCGAAUGUGUGGAAAUCAAGUACUAUUAUACUUUCCGCCGCUGCCCAAGUCGUAAUUACAGGCUGCUGAGAGCUGCAGCCGACGCCGAAACAGUGAAAGCUUUGAUAGCUACGUGUUACCCUAAUACGCGAUGGGCAAGGGACGAAAUUACUGAGUUUUUCAUCGAAGAAAGAGGAGUUAAACAUUCCAUGCUAGAAAAACCAUUUCCUCCGUGGGAUUACAACGGACCGUAUUUCGACGCGCUUUAUAACAAAAUGUGGUUUAUGAUCGGCUAUAAAGCAACCAGCGCUUCUGAAAGAGCCACUUUGGACAAAUCUGUUUGGUACUUAGAUUUGGAUAAGGGCAUCUACAGAAAUCUGAACUUGGAAUUUCCGCCAGCUCUUUCUCUGAACGAAGCGACAUUUGGCGCUGACAACUCCGGCAAUUUGAUAGUGGCUGACUUGCACACGGGUGUUUAUCAAGUGAAUUUAAUUGUCUGUGCCGCAAAGAACAAGUUAUAG